AUGAGUUCUUCGUUUUCUGUACUGCCUAGUAAUGCUCAGCAGCAGCCGAAACCAUUCGAGCUCAAAGUACCAGAGCAGGAAAUCGAAAAGUUCCGCACGCUUUUGAGCCUCUCUGAGAUUGGGUCCGAUACCUGGUGGUCACAGCCAAGCAAUGGAUACUUCGGAGUAACGCGACAGUGGCUUAUGCAGGCCAAGGACGAAUGGCUACGGUUCGACUGGAGAAAAACUGAGAACCGAGUGAACGCAUUUCCCAACUUCAAGGUCGAUAUCACCAGCGGCGGCCAGCACCACAAGGUCCAUUUUGCGGCAUUAUUCUCCUCAAAAGCAGAUGCAUUCCCCGUGAUUUUCUUGCACGGAUGGCCUGGCUCGUUUCUCGAGUUUCUCCCAAUGCUGGAGCUCUUGGCCGAGAAGUAUACUCCAGCAACACUGCCCUGGCAUGUCAUCGUGCCUUCUAUCCCUGACUAUGGGCUGACGACAAGAGAUGAUCACCAACAAGAAAUGAGAUUUUCCCAAGCAGCGGGGAUUAUGAACGAAUUGAUGGUACAACUUGGUUUCAAAUCAGGUUAUGCCGCUCAGGGUGGUGAUGUUGGAAGCGGCAUUGCGACUACAAUGGCAAGCAUGUUUCCUGAAUGUGUCGCUUACCAUCUCAACUUACCGUUCAAGAACAUGGUCCCCACAGAUCUCCCACUGGACUUGUUGACAGUAGAUGAGAGGGCCCAAAUGGAGCGAUCUGCAGAAUGGAUGAAGACGGGAAUGGCUUACGCGUUUGAACAAGGUACACGACCGGCGACCAUUGGACUUGUUCUCUCCUCAAACCCACUGGCGAUGCUUGCCUGGAUUGGUGAAAAGUAUCUGGAGUGGGCCGACCAUCGCCAACCCCUGUCUUUAGAAACUAUCCUAGCCAUGAUCAGCUUCUACUGGUUCACCAAAUCAUACUCCAAAAGCGUAUGGCCGUAUCGUGAGCUGGGAAACUCGGUGCCACAGCCAGGAGCGUCCUUUGAUCAGGAGACAGUUGAUCUAAAGGCUCACAAUGAUGCUACAAGGAAGCCACUGGGUUAUUCUGCCUUUCCCAAGGAAAUACUAGUGAUUCCUCAAUCAUGGGCGCAGAAAACGUUUCCGAACUUGGUGUUUUAUAGAAGACAUUCAAUUGGCGGGCACUUCGCGGCGCUUGAGCAGCCGCAGGCUUUUCUCGAAGAUGUGGAAGAGUUCAUGCAAAUCGUGAGCGCGAAGUAG